GGGGAGGCGGCGGCGGCGGGCGGGAGCCGCCGCGCUCGCACCAGCUGUUUCCCGCCUUGAGCCGCAGGCAGAGGCCGCCGGAGCCGGAGCCGGGCCUGGCCGCCCCCGCGCCGCUCCGGCAUGGAGUACUUCAUGGUGCCGGCCCAGAAGGUGCCGUCGCUGCAGCACUUCAGGAAAUCUGAGAAGGAGGUCAUCGGCGGGCUCUGCAGUUUGGCUAACAUCCCAUUGACUCCGGAGACCCAGCGGGACCAGGAGCGGCGGAUACGCAGGGAAAUUGCCAACAGCAACGAGAGACGGCGGAUGCAGAGCAUCAAUGCUGGCUUCCAGUCUCUGAAAACCCUCAUCCCGCACACGGAUGGGGAGAAGCUCAGCAAGGCGGCCAUCCUCCAGCAAACGGCUGAGUACAUCUUCUCCCUGGAGCAGGAGAAGACUCGGCUACUGCAGCAGAACACCCAGCUCAAGCGGUUCAUCCAGGAGUUCAGUGGCUCCUCCCCGAAACGACGACGGGCAGAGGACAAGGACGAGGGGAUUGGCUCACCAGACAUCUGGGAGGACGAGAAGGCUGAGGAUCUGCGGCGGGAGAUGAUCGAGCUUCGGCAGCAGCUGGACAAGGAGCGCUCAGUCCGCAUGAUGCUGGAGGAGCAGGUUCGCUCCCUGGAGGCCCACAUGUACCCCGAGAAGCUGAAGGUGAUCGCUCAGCAAGUGCAGCUCCAGCAGCAGCAGGAGCAGGUGAGGUUGCUGCACCAGGAGAAGCUAGAGCGCGAGCAGCAGAUCCGAACCCAGCUCCUGCCAUCACAUGCUCCCCCAGCGCCCACCCACCACCCCACUGUGAUCGUUCCAGCGCCGCCUCCCUCCCAUCACGUCACCGUGGUCACCAUGGGCCCGUCCUCGGUCAUCAACACAGUCUCCACAUCCCGGCAAAACCUUGACACCAUCGUUCAGGCGAUCCAGCACAUCGAGGGGACGCAGGAGAAGCAGCUGCAGGAAGAGGAGCAGAGACGUGCUGUCAUCGUGACGCCGGCACGCGCCUGCCACGAGCCCUCCGCCUCCGACACCGCCUCUGACACCGAGGGCAACGACAGUGACUCCAUGGACCAGAGCAAAGAAGAGCCCUCGGGGGACGGGGAGCUGCCCUGACACCCCCCGGCCAGCAGCCGGGCUGGGGACCGGGGCGGGGGGGAACGUCAGAGAAUAUGCUGAGAUUUUUAAAAAAUACAACGCGAUUUGGGUCUCUUUUAUGACCUCUUCCCAAUACUGUAAAGCAGAGCGCUAGAGGCAGGUGAAGUCACCCUGCAGCUCCCGGGGGGGGAGGCUCGGGGGGGGGUGGGCACUCAAGGGUGGCCACAGGGGACGCGGGGGGCUCGGGGUGCAGUGGGAUGGUGGUGGGGGGACAUUAGGGAUGGGGGGGGGGGUGUCACAGCUCCCCACCCCAUGUUAUCAACCCCCCCCUGCUGACCAAUGGGAAAUCCUGCCAAGUCGUCGUGUUCCCGAUGGUUUUCCCUUGGGAUGGGGCCUUUGGUUGGGAUCUUAAUUUGGUUUUUCCUUCUCUUUUGUGGUUUGUUUUCUUUUUUUCUUUUUUUAAUUAAAUGUUCGUUUUUAAGCAGCAGGGAGAUGCCAAGUGACACAGCAGCAAAGGUGGGACAGGGAUCUGGCUUUGGGGUACAACCAGCCCCACCACGGCUCCCACACUGUGCGGGGCAGGGAAAACCCCUUGGGAGACCAAAAUAAAUCCUGGGAUUAUGCCAUCGGAGCACAGGCGGGAGGGACAGCACAUGCCACCCCGCAGUGUUUCCAGUGCUCACCUCUUUGGCACAGGGAUGGUGGUUCGGGGGCUGAUUCCACACUCCCAUCCCUGUCUCCAUCCCCCCACCUUGCACCCAUCUCUCCUUUAAGCACUUAAUCUGGUUUGUGGGGUCUGUCAGCUCCAAAGAGCUUUUCUCCUUCAUGAUUGUGUCGCUUGGGUCUGUUGUGGCGGGUGGGGGGGUCCCCAUUCUGUGUGUCCCCCCCACCGCCCCCCCCCCACCCGGCUGUAGGGUUUUAGGCCAGUUGUGUGUAGAGCCUGGGUGGUAUUUCGUAGGUUCCCCCCCGCCGCAGCUGUUUCUCAGUUCCUUUCCCUUUUUUUUUUUGCUUUUUUUUUUUUUUGUUUUUUUUUUGUUUUAUUUUGUAUUUUUUUUUUACGAUUUUCAGGUCUUUGUGUUGAUUGAGAAGCUAUUCUAUUUUGUUAAGAAAGUGGAAAAAAAAAAAAGAGGCUCGUGCCUUUGUAAAGAAACAAAAUAAAGUUUGUACUUGGUUUUUUAGAA